AUACUCAGCACUCUGCACACAUGUUGCAACAACCAAAGGUUCCAAUGCAGCAACAGUCACACAAAAUACAUCAAAUUUGUUACCAUCUCAAGUGCAGCAACAACAGCCACAGGCUUCACAGCAGCAAAUGAUGUCCCAGAUUCAAUCUCAGCCUGCACAGAUGCAACAGCAAUUGGGUUUGCAGCAGCAGCCAAAUUCCCUGCAGCGAGAUAUGCAGCAAAGGCUUCAAGCAUCUGGCCCUUCAGUUCAACAGCAAAAUGUACUUGAUCAACAAAAACAGCUGUAUCAAUCACAAAGAGCCCUUCCAGAAACAUCAUCAACUUCCCUGGAUUCAACAGCGCAGACUGGACAAUCAAGCGGGGGUGAUUGGCGAGAAGAAGUGUACCAAAGGAUCAAAAUCAUGAAAGAAACAUACUUGCCAGAAUUGAAUGAAAUGUACCAGAAAAUUGCUGUUAAGCUUCAGCAGCAUGACUCCCCUCUACAACAACCAAAGUCAGAGCAACUUAACAGGCUGAAGAUAUUUAAAACAAUGCUGGAGCGUCUUAUAACAUUUCUACAGGUCCCCAAGAGCAACAUUGUACCUGGUAUGAAGGAAAAAUUGGGUUCCUAUGAGAAGCAGAUUAUUAACUUUAUAAGUUCUAAUAGGCCCCGGAAACCUCUACAGCCGGGACAACUUCCCCCUCCUUCUAUGCACUCUAUGUCACAGCCACAAUCCCAACUUGCUCAGGUGCAAUCUCAUGAAAAUCAAAUGAACUCCCAGUUGCAACCAAAAAAUAUUCAAGGUUCUGCAACAGCAAUACCUCAGAAUAACAUGUCAAAUUUGCAGCACAAUUCAAUGUCUGGUGUGUCAACAGCACAGCAGAGUAUAAUGAAUCCCAUGCAACCUGGUGCCAGUUUAGAUUCAGGACAAGGAAAUCAUUUAAACUCCCCGCAGCAGGUUCCAGCAAGCUCCCUUCAACAAAACACUGUCAGUGCACCCCAACAGAGUAACAUGAACCCUAUAUCAUCACAAGCUGGAGUAAAUGUGAUCCAAUCAAAUCUAAAUUCCCUUCAGUCAAGUUCCAGUAUGCUUCAGCAUCCACAAGUGAAACAGCAACAGGAACAGCAGAUGUUGCAGACUCAGCAUCUCAAACAAAUGCAGCAGCGGCAAUUGAUGCAGAGGCAGCAGCUCCUGCAACACCAGCAACAAUUACACCAACCAGCAAAGCAACAGCUGCAUGCUCAAUUGCAAACACACCAAAUGCCACAGCCUCAUCAAAUGAAUGAUGUGAAUGAUAUGAAGAUAAGACCAGGAAUGGGUGUUAAGUCAGGGGUCUUUCAGCAACAUCUUUCCUCAGGCCAACGCCAAUCUUAUCCCCAUCAGCAGUUGAAACAGGGAAGUACAUUUCCUGUUUCUUCACCCCAACUCCCCCAGACUGCAUCUCCUCAGAUUUCACAGCAUUCAUCUCCCCAGAUCGAUCAGCAAAAUCUUCUUCCACCUCUCACAAAAGUUUCGACCCCUCUGCAAUCUGCUAACUCACCAUUUGUGGUCCCGACUCCUUCACCUCCCUUGGCUCCAUCUCCUAUGCCUGUAGAUUCAGAGAAACCCAUCUCUGGUGUUUCAUCAAUAACAACAACUGCAAAUCUUGGGCAUCAACAAACGGGAGGUGCAGCAGCACCAGCUCAAUCCCUUGCCAUUGGGACUCCUGGUAUAUCAGCUUCUCCUUUGCUGGCAGAGUUUAGUGGUCCAGAUGGUGCUCAUGGCAAUGCUUUAGCUUCCAGUUCUGGAAAGUCAACUGUUACAGAGCAGCCUAUUGAACGCUUAAUUAAAGCGGUAAACUCAAUGUCAUCUAAAGCAUUAAGUGCUGCGGUCAGUGAUGUUGGCUCAGUUUUCAGCAUGGUUGAUAGAAUAGCAGGAUCAGCCCCAGGCAAUGGAUCCAGAGCUGCAGUUGGUGAGGAUUUGGUUGCCAUGACUAAAUGUCGUCUUCAGGCUAGAAAUGUAGUUAACCAAGAUGGAACUAAUGGAACCAAGAGGAUGAGGCGAUAUACCACUGCCUUGCCUUUGAAUGUUGCAUCAUCCGGUGGUAGCAUGAAUGAUAGCAUCAAGCAGUUUACUGCAGCAGAGGCUUCUGAUCUGGAGUCAACUGCAACAUCAAUUAUCAAGAAUCCAAGGAUUGAGGCUAAUCAUGUCCUAUUGGAAGAGAUAAGGGAGAUUAAUCAACGACUUAUAGAUACAGUUGUAGGUAUCAGUGAUGAGGAUGUUGAUCCAACUGCUGCCGCUGCCGCUGCUGUUUCUGGAGGGGCAGAAGGAACCGUUGUCAAGUGUUCUUACAGUGCUGUAGCUCUCAGUCCAAGCUUGAAAUCACAAUAUGCUUCAGUGCAGAUGUCACCAAUUCAACCCCUGUGGUUGCUAGUUCCUGCAAAUUACCCCAAUUGUUCCCCCAAACUCUUAGACAAGUUUCCAGUUGAAUCCUGCAAGGAGAGUGAAGAUUUGUCAGCGAAAGUGAAGUCAAGGUUUGGCAUAUCCCUGCGAAGCUUAUCGCAACCCAUGUCGCUUGGUGAGAUAGCGAGGACCUGGGAUAUUUGUGCUCGUACAGUUAUUUCAGAGCAUGCACAGCAGAGUGGUGGAGGGAGCUUCAGUUCUAAAUAUGGGACUUGGGAGAAUUGCUUGAGCACUGCAUAGUGAUUGAUCCAGGAAGAUGAUAAGUUCUUACGUACAGUCCUUCAAUAUACAGUUAGAUGACUUUAUCAAAGUAGGCUUGUAAAUAUUUGAGUUCUUAUUAGCUCACUGUCCACCUAGUCAAUACUUUAUGUGCGUUUAAUAAGUAUUAUCCUUGAUAGACAUGCAAACCCUUUUGGUUUACUGCCACAGAAAUAGCCAAAGCUUUUGUUGGAAUAACUGCAGAGCAGCUUAUGCAGAAGAAGGCAGUUGAGAGAAUAACAUGGGAUGUUUUCUUGGUCACUUGGAGUUGUUUUUAAAUGUAGUUGAGAUGGCAUGCUUGUAAACUGGGUUUUGACGAUUUCAAUGGCUAAGUAGAAAUUUCAUUUGCCUGAUA